AUUUUGGCGCGCGGAGAAAAAAGAGCGAAGGUCGCUAAUUAAAGAGGGGGGGGGGGGUCCAAUUAGCAGCAGCGAUAGCGGACACUAUCAAAUGUUCUAUCCCCUCCAACUCCGCUCUGCUCCUCCGCCUCCGCGCGUUCUAUACGGUCACCACGACGGCAGCCACGUGUUUCGCUUGUGGUCCUUGCACGCGGUUGGAGCCGUGUUUUUACUGUAACCGCGCGUAUUUUCGGAACGGUAAUGUCGUGAUCGUAACCUAUCGAUCGUCUCGAUUCUCUUAAUUCUUGCGGCCUUGUUCGAUCGAAGAAAACUUGACGCUUAAUUGCAACUCACGGAGUGCCGUUUCGGCGAUGCCCCUCGCUUAGUGGGCGAGGUCCAGACACCAUUUUAAUUCCCUGGCCUCGGACGAGAAAUCUUCAUGGCCACCUAAGGCCACUCCGUGAUUGACUUUCAUCGUGGACUGCCAUUGCCUCUUCCGGAGCCAUGAGCCGGUAUCCGUGCCCGCUGAAGUGCGGCUAUGAGCUCGACGUGCUGCUCAGCCAUGCAGAGCCACAAUCCCCCGACAACCCACUGCUGCUGCGCUUCUGGGCCCGCCUUACCCGGGCGGACAUUGACGCUAACUUCCGCACCAUUCGCAAAGCCGUUAUGAUGCCACUGAGCUGGGAGCCAGUAGGUUUGUCUACGCCGCUUGCUGUGGGGGAGCCAUGCAUCGCCUGGUACAGCAAAGAGGCAAGCUGGCACCGCGCCAAAGUGUUGGCCCACGCCGAUUCGCAACAGUUGCAGCAGGGCAUCGUUCCCAACUACCUCGUCUUCUUUAUCGACCUGGGCUUAAGAGAGGUUGUGCAGGCCAGAUUCAUGCGUGAGGGGCGGCCAGAAUUUUUCCAGAUCCCUCCCAUGAUGCAGUGCUACGCCCUAGCCAACGUGCUGCCGAUGAGCAGUUGCUGGUCCAAGUUGGUGCUCGACUAUGUGGAAUCGCAGCGCGACACGAAGAUGCACGGUCGUGUGGAGGGUUUCCUGGACGACCAUACCAUCGUUGUCAACCUGGAACUCAUGGCCACGCAGUUGUGCCAGAUGCGCUGUGCGCGCCCCGUCGACUCGAACGUGUUCCAGAUGAUUGUCAACUUAAAAAUUGUGGAUGAUGCGAAGCCUGAAACAGCACAGCUGCCCAAACUGCCGACGGUCUCCCGCGCUUACCCCUCUGCAAGUCUUGGCGACCUGAAGCAACACUUCAACGCUGAACAACCUCCCAUCAUUCCACCUGCAGGACCAAAAAUACAAUUGGCUGCAGGUCGCCAUGAGAUGUCUGCAUUUUACAGCACCCGCAUGCCAGUGGGCACUCUGCAGACUGUACUGGUCACGCAUGUAAUCAGCCCCGACAGCUUCUUUUGCCAGCUGCAGAGCUUUCGGCUCGAUCUGCAGCGCCUCAUUCAGCUCAUGGCCUUGCGCUACCUGGAGGCGGAUGCUCGCGGUGUGCAAUUUCCACUACCGUCAAAUAGCCCUUGUGCCGUGCUGAACACGAGAACCGGGCAGUGGUAUCGCGGGCUAGUUAUCCACAACAGCUCGCCCUCUGAGGCGGUGGUGCACUUCGUGGACUUGGGCACUCGGGCCUGCAUGCCGUCAAAACACCUGCAGCCUCUGUUGUCCGAGUUUUUCGACCUCCCUGUGCAGGCAUUCAGGUGCGCCAUGGUGGGCGCGCAUGCCACCUUGCAGGAGGGCAGCCGCAUCUGGUCCACCGAGGAGGUGCUGCUGCUGAAGUCGAUCCUGUUGAACAGUGUCUUCACGGCGCAGGUGGUGUCCUACAACAGAAUAGAAAAGCUGUACUACGUGGUGCUUUUGGAUCAGAAUGGCGAGUCUGUGUUCCAAAAGUUUUCUGAAAUGGCAGCCACUCGGCCAGCCAUGAAAGCCACUUUGCCAGACAGGGUGGUGACGGUGCCCUCUCUGCCAGACACGGCAGCCACCGCCAUUGGCCAUGGUAGCGGCGCGCCGUCGUCCGUGGUGGCACUGCCACCGAUGGCUCUUGCGGACGUGGGCGUCGGUGCGGGCCGUCCCAUCUUCACAGCGCUUAAGCUUCGCCUGCAAAACUUUACACACGUGUACGUGGAGAACAUUGUGAGCCCCGACGAGUUCUGGGUGCGCUUGACGAGCAAGAAUGGGGAGUUGCAAAAACUCAUGGUGCAGAUGCAGAAGCAUUUCAGCCUGGCAGGACCACGCGAGGGCUUGCUGGACAAGGCAGCUGUAGGCAUGGCGUGCUGCGCAAUGUGCCCCAACAACACGUUCUACCGGGCCACGGUGACGGGCGUGAUCUCCCCAAGAGAAGUGCAGGUUCAUUGCGUCGACUACGGCAUCUCGCAAUUCGUUGAACCGAAAGACAUCCGAGCUCUGCCUCCUCAUUUCCUGGAGCUUCCGGCUUGCGUGGUGCGGUGCCGCUUGGCUGGCGUGGCGCCGCCAGAGGUGCGACAUCAGGGCGGCAACUGCACGUCCACAGACCGCUGGAGCUCCAUGGCAACUUGGUUCUUCCACUCGCAGGUCUUCAACAAGCAUUUGGCGAUGAUUCCAAGGAGCAAUUCCGCAGACGGCUACGAGGUGGACCUCUACAGUAUUGGGAAAUCGGAGUCUUCCAGCAUAGCUAAAGAGUUGAUCAGAGGUGGGCUAGCAGUGGCCUUGUCUGGCCACGCUGAAUUGCUCAAGGUGAGUAGUGCUGGUGUCUCCGAUUCGAUGGUGGCGGUAUCGUCUCCUACUGGGCCGAACUCUGAUGGUGCUAACGACCAUGACAGCGUUGUACCGCAACCACAGGAGGUGGCACCAGUCCCGAGACCGGCCGUGGGGGUGUCCAUCACAGUAGUGGAACCCCUGAUGUUUGUUGUGGGGGAGAUGACGGAUGUCAUCGUUACCUCCAUUAAGUCACCCUGGGAGUUCUGGUGUCGGCUGACGUCGGCUGAAAGGAACGUCGCCUUACUGAACAGGAAGCUGAACGAGCACUACCGUAACUGGAAAGCGCCAUUGCCGCACUUGGAGGCCGGUGUAUGCGUCGCCCAUUACGCUCCUGAAGACCAGUGGUACAGAGUUUUUAUCUACGAGGUGGUCAAGGGCUCUCGCAGCAUGGCCUCGGUCUUGAUCCUGGAUGAUGGCAGGGAGGUGCAGGUCAGCACCAGGGACCUCUAUCCGAUUGUCCCACAGUUCCUGAAGCUCAAGAUGCAGGCCUUCAAGUGCAGCCUCUACAACUGCCUGGAGGCCCACGAGGAGCAGAGGGACCAGGCUACGGAGAUUUUCAAGAGCUUCACGAAGGAGGCCCUCGCUUACGGUCUCAACUGCACCAUCAUUAUGCUCGUCGAGCGCAACAAAAGGGACUUUUUCAACCUCGUGGACCUGCACACGCCGUUCCAGAGCGCGAGUGCGCAGCUUGUCAGCAGGGGCCUGGCCAAGAUGUUGGAUCCGCCCAGACAUCUGGCCGAGUCUGACUGCCCGCUGUCCUUCCCCUACUCGACGCACGGCAUCAAGAUCGGCGCCGAGGAGGGCGUGAUCAUGACACACGCGGAGAGCCCGAGCAGGUUCUGGUGCCAGUUGACGCGCAACGUCGACGCCCUCAAACUCUUCAUGGUCAAGCUCGGCAAGCACUGCAGCCACGCCUACGGCAGGCAGACGUUUGAUAUGGAAAGGCGAUUGUGCUUUGCUCAGUACGUCGGCGACGGGCAGUGGCACCGGGCGCUGGCCACACAGGGCCCUAACCCCAAUGAAGUCAACGUGUCAUUUAUCGAUUACGGGAACAACGAGGUUGUGGAGAAGUCCAAGGUGCUGCCCCUGCUCCCUGACGCCUAUUGCUUAGCGGAGCUGCCAUGUCAGGCGAUUCAGUGCUUCUUGGUGGACGUCUCUGCACCCAAGGAGGGCUUCCCCGAUUCGGUGUUGUCCUUCUUCCGUGAUAUGGUGUACUCGUUGGACAUGAAAGCCGUGGUGCUAUGCCGGGAGGAUUUCGGCCAACUCGGGCUGGAGCUGUUCCACGGCUCGCAACGCCUCAACACAACUAUCAACCAGAUGCUGAACCCUUCUCUCCCCCCUUCUCGACGGCUGCACCAGCAGCAGCAGCGGCAGCUGCCCGAGGUCAUAGCUCAAACAGGCAGCGCCCGCAGAGACGCGGUGACGUACAGAGCCAGGGAGCAGAGCCACCGUCCGCCGGUGACGAGUGCGCCGUCACACGAGCCCCCGGAGAGGCUCAUGCCCGUCCUGGGUCCUGCGCCGGCCCAGGGCAGGCACAAGCCAACCAAGCCGGCAGACAGGGAGCCCGAGCAAAGCGCCGUGCAUCUAGGGAAAGGGAACGGCAAGCACGCAGCGUCGUCCAAGCGGGAACAGCCGGAGGCCUUGCCGAGGCGAGUUUCUGCCAGCGAUUCUCCGAGGAUGGAUCAAGUCGUCAGAAAGAGAAGCCCAGAUGCGAUGAACACAGCGGGAUACGGGAAGGCGAUGCACGGGCAGCCCUCUUAUUCCUUCCGGAGGCAAGUCAGAGAGAGCGAGAACCCGUCGAGUCAGUGGCAAGACAAAGCAACCACUCGGGGCAGAAACGGAAGGUGCGUUCACUCCGAAGGCAGCUCUCAGGCUGACAGAACCUGCAGCUUGACACUUGGCAACGUGACACCGCGUAACGUGGUAGCGCACAACGUGAUACCUGAGAAUGUGACGCCGAAGUACCUGGAAAGCAGUGUCGCCAACGUGUUGGGCGACACCACUUUGGAGGGGACCAAGUCGUGCUUGCCGAUCUGCCACAGCACUGUAAACGACGGGGAAGGAGAUGCCACUCGGGAGAAGGAGCAAGAGGCGAAGGCUAAAAUUCUUCCAAAGUUGGAGGAUCUUGCCGCUUCUCCUAUGGGCGACGGGCAAGCGGGUGCCACCUUGAACGUGUUUGUGUUGCAUGUGGUCACCCCGUCUCGUUUCUACGUCCAGCUUGUGUCCGACGAGCAGACGAUUUACGGUCUCGCCGAAGAGCUGAAUGAUGGCAGUGUGAGCGGCGGCAGCUUGCGCCCAAGCGACCUGAAGCUAGGGGACCUCAUCUGCGCUAAGUACAGUGCAGACGAGAGCUGGUAUCGCGCUGUCGUCAGGGGCUUUGAACCCGACGACCCACUGGCCCUGGUUGAGUUCAUUGACUAUGGCAACACGGACAGGGUUGGCUCCGACAGCAUGUCCGAGCUGCAUCCGGUAUUUUUGCGUCACCCCCGUCAAAGCAUCGCGUGCAGCCUUGCCGGAGUGCGGCCAUGCGUUAGCGUUCGUGGUAAUAAGUGGACAAAGGAGGCGGCCGAACUCUUCACCGAAACCGUCCACGACUUAGAGCUGCGCUGCGAGUUUCUGGCGCGAGCCCACGGCGGCAAUGAUGCCUUGUGGGAAGUGAAUCUGACUGCGGAGAGCGGAACGAGCAUAGCAGACACCCUUGUGGCCAAGGGAAUGGCUGACACCCUGAUGAUCGCCACGAGUGGUGAAUCCAGGCAGGAACGGCAGGAGCAGCUAAAGGAGCAGCAGCAGGAGCAGAAGCAGCAGGCCUCGGAAACAACGUCCGAACUGGAAUGUGCGACUACUAACUCCACACAUGAGGACAAUCAUGGGGUGGAGAUGGACGGCAUGCUGGAGCUCGGGCAGCAGUACGAGGUGUACGUGUCCCUCGCCAGGGGCCUGGACAACUUUUGGUGCCAGCUGAAGGUGUUGGCGGACGAGCAGCUGACCUCACUGAUGUCUGUUGUCGCAACGACGGGGGACGAGCGAGAGGUGUCUCUGGCUAUGGUGGAGGUCGGGGGCCUCUACCUGGCACGCUAUAGCGAAGACAACAUCCUGUACCGUGCACGCGUGCUGGACGUGACCGCGGGCCGUGCCAAGGUGAUGUUCAUCGACUAUGGCAACGAGGAAGAGUUGGACGCAUCGUGCCUUCGCGGAGUCCCGCCCAACGUCGCCGAUGCACCGCCAUUUGCGUUCCCAUGCUUCUUGCGUGGAUCGACGGGGUGCAUUGUGCCGGAUGAGGUCACCGACGCGUUUGUGGGCGCAUGCCUGGAGGAGUCUCGAAUGCUGAAAGUCGUUGCCGUUGUCACCACUGUGGCCGACUGCUGCGGGCAUUCUGCCGUCUAUGAGGUCGAGCUCUACGAUGAGCAUGGUGAUUCGUUCAGCAAGAAAUAUUUAAGGGGAACGUUCGCUCAGGAUCCAUUGCAGCGGCAGGAGCAAGGGCCGGUGGUAGAUCUGGAACAUGCAGAAUCUGGGCAAGGAGAAACGAAAGAAGCCCCUGACAAAGAAAAAGUACCGCUUUUCGAAAAGGUCCGUUUAAAAAGUUCAGCUGAAGAGGUUCACGCUGACGUCGAACCGCGUGACGGUGGGAACCCUGAGCCAGUGAUUUCUACCAUCAAGGAUUAUCCUGCUGCGCCACCGCUUGCCAUUGAGACGUUGAGCGUGCACUGUCUGUCGUACAAUGUGGAACUCGGAGAGGUCUGCUCUCCGGCAGCAGGAACUGGAGAAGAGCUGCUAGGCGACGAGGAGGAGGAGGUCAUUCCACCACUCUGCCUCGAAGAGCUGGUGCCUGGGACGCCCUGCACGUUCAGAAGCCGAGUGGAGGCCGUCGUGCUGGAAGGGGAGUACGAUGCAACGGCAGCAGUAGUGAGACACGAAGACUCCGACGCCAAGGAGGAGGUGCAUGUACCCCUCGUGCUCCGACUCGGCAAGGAUCCAAACGCGCUGCCUCUACAUGACAGCUGCUGUUGCUCGUUCGGCCUGGCGGGCACCAGCGAGGCGUGCCAGGGUGGUGGUGAGGGGCAUUGUCAAGGGGCAGAUGGGCAGUGGGUGGCAGCGGCGGCAGCUUGUGAAGACGGUGGCAGCAGCCAGUGGAUUGGUGGCGGUGAGCCGGUGGUGGACACGGGCGGGCGACCACCUGCGGCGGUGGAGCCAGGACGUGCGGAUCCUCCGCUCGACCAACUUGCGCAGGAAACCCAGGAGCCGUCGCAUGAAACUGAGGAGCUGGAUGACUGCGCUGCUGUUGCGGAUGAGGAGGUGGUUGGAGGCGAAGAGUGUGAAUACGAGGAAGUGGAAAUGACCGCGGCGAGCGAUGACAACAACCAAAACUCCGCCUGGACGGGAGGAGAAGGCGGCGAGCCGCAUCUGCUGGUGCCGCGUAAUGGACGAGAGGAGGGGCUGCCCGGACACCUCGUGUUGGCGUCCGUGGGAGAGCAAGACUGCGCCAUUGCGGAUGGAGCGAGCGUAGACAUUGCUGGGCAUGCAGAAGCCUCGAUGCCGCCGCACGACAGCGCCAUAGCCCUCUUGCCCGCCUCCGGCUCCCUGGCCCUGGGCGACAGCGAGCGCCGCAUGGGCCGGUACGUGGCACGGAGAGGGUUCGGAAAGUUUGCCGGCACGUUCGCCCGGGACUUGGCAGACAAACGCGUGGAGUCUGUCACGCUGACUGCACGACUGCGCUGCCUGAGCGGCGCUGCUCCCGCGCUGCCACUGAGGGCCUCGCCCUGCCGAUUGCUCGGGUUUGGUAGGGGGCGAGUCGGCGCCGCGUAUGACCCUCGAAGCCCGGCGGACACGGUCGCCCGGGGAGGUUUGAAUGCCGAAAUGGUGCACGGUAACUGCGCUCUUCGGCUGAGGCUGGUGAAGAUGUACGAUGGCAGGGGCGUCACCUUCCAGGAGAACACGGUGCCGCGGCGCGUGAAUUUGCAGACGCUCGGAUCAAAACAGCUCUGCUUGGCCUCGCCUCCGUCCACGUUCCCUAAUAAACCGCUCGAUGAAAAUGUCAAAGUAAUUUCCCUCUCCGGCUCUGAAUCUCAUCGUAUAGAAGCAGACAAUUCUUUGACUGUGGAGAAAAGUAAGGCUGAGCAAGAGAAAACCACCUUGCCUUGGAACGAUCCAGACACACUAAGAUUUGAAGAUAUGUCUGAUGCAGAUUUGAGCGAGUUUGAUAAAGAGCAUUGGAUCCAGCGACCAGGCACGGCAGGGAGCGGCGCCGCCGCUCAGUUUGUUCUCGUGGCACAAACGGACAGAGCAGCUGCUCCCGUGGAAGAGGAAGUGCGGGAAAGGCCGUCUGAAUAUUCUAGCCCUCCACCCACUCCUCCCGACAACAAUGAAUCCCAAGCCGAGCACGAAGCGUUGCAUGAGGUUUUGCGAAGGAGUGAAGGGGUGCCCUGGCCUGUCAUGGAGAAAGGAGACUGCCUUUACGAAGGUCUAGAGAGCUACGAAUAUUUCGAAAGGCACUUGUUGGCAUCCAUGUCUUCGUUGUCGUCCGACUACCUUACGGAGAGCUACCUGGAUAUCGGUGUUUUGGCGCUGGAAGACUCUGAUGUGGAGCAGUGGCACGAGAGCUCCGAGUUUCUGGACGGUUUUCCCGACGACUCUGGCGAUGACAAUGAGCUCUACUUCCCGGCCGAGGUGGGCUCCUCCGUCCUGUCGCCCCUCGACUCUGCCGGAUUCGACGAAGAGGUCGCGCCAACCGGGCGGAGAGAGGGGCGGCAUGGGAAAAUGGCCGAGCUGAAUCUCUCCAUGGAUCCGUCUGGAGACGUCGCGAAUGGCGAAACGGCCGGCGCGACGAGCCUCCACGCCGCGAUUGCAGCGGCCGCCACUGCCGCUGGUGUGGAAAUCGCCGCGGAGGUGUCCGAUGGGCAAGGCGCCGCCGGCGUCUCGGAGGAAGGUGGCGCUCGAUCGAGUUUGCGUGGAGAGGAGGAUGAGAUCAUUGCCGCUCUUGUCCCUGAGAGCGUCGCGUUCAAUGAAGAAGGGGAGGAGGAGGUGGGCACCAUCCUGCCAGGUGUGCAUAUGGAAGCAAUGGCUUCAUACUCGGGGGUGCCACUCAAUAUUUUAGGAUCUCUUGGCUUGCAGUCUGUGCUCACUGCUCCCCUGGCUUGCGGAGCUGUUGGCGGCGGAACGGAAGAGGUGUCGCCACCUCGUUGCCACGGAGACGCCUCUGCUGUGGAGGCCGGUGGGAAGUGGGCCCUGGCCGAGGCGGUCGUCGUGGCGACGAUGGGCACGCCGACCAUCGUGGUCCACUCCGACAGUGAUGACGAGGAGGAGGCUUCGCGUUCGUAAAUAAUAGCUUUAAAAAAAAUGGUUUUGUUUCUGGGACACCGAUUGCAAAACAGUGCGUAGAUACUCAAUCUCCCUGGUGAAUCUUCAAACAUUUUGGUAAACCAACAAGACACAGCCAGUCCUCUGGAAUGUGGUCGAGGCGUGGUGUGGCCAGGAUCGGGGUUGGUGAUGAGGGUCUCGGGGCACGUUGCCUAAAUGGCCACUUAGCACACUAAGGGACACGGCAUGGGGAUGGCGCCGUUGAGCAGGGUGUGUGUUUGGUGGUCCGUCUGCACAGACCCAACCGCCCGCGACCCACCCACUUGUGAGCGUCCAGCAAAUGCCUGGACACUUAAGCACCGAGCCCAUGGAAGGUUUUGUUUGUGUUUCUUGAGCGGCAGGAUACUGGCCACAAGAGGAUGCUUCAUCGUAGCCCACGGCGCUGUGCGUUUUCCCGCUCGCUCAUCUCUCGCGAUCCUGUGUAAGUGGCCACUUGGCUGACCUGUCCUCAUGAUGCCCUCGUCACCAACCCUGCGCCGCUAACCCUGGUGAUCCCAGCUGCACCACUCUUCACCUCGCCCCCAUAGGCCAGAGCACUUGUUGUCUUGUGGUCAUCAUUGGUAGUGGUCACUAUUGCCGGAUGAAGGCCUCCCUGAACCACCACCACCUCCUCUCAUCCCGUAAUGUGACAAUUGCCUGGGCGACUGCACAUUAAAUUAUUUAAUCACUCCAUCUCCCAAGCGGGAUGCCCUUACGGAUGUUUUUCAUUCUUGGGAUGCUACUCCAUUAUUACUUUUUGACCACUGUGCUUAAGGUGGCGUUUCCUAUCCCGGCCCAUAUUACUUAACAAUCCCACUUCUCCUUUCGAGCUUAGAUGAUGUUGUUAACCUGCGUAAUAUUCUUUAGCCCACACGUUCCUCUCCUCCCGCCUCUCAAAUCGAUUCAAAAUAAUGUCCUGCUGUAGGUUUCCAAAAUGUUUGAAAAAUAAUGGAACGGUAUGCCCCUUGUCACUGUUGGGUUGCCUUUUGCAAGGUAGGACAUCGACAUCGCAGAGGGAUGCUUGAUGCCCAACGACAGUUGCCUGUUUGUCGUGACCCCCCCCCCCCC